UGAGGCUGGCUUUGAACUUGGAGUCCUCCUGCCUCAGCUGGAGGGGUCACAGGCGUGCACCACCACACCCAGCAAGAGCUCAUAAUUGAGAGAAGGACCCUGGGAGUUUUGUGAUCAACAUGGGGGACUCCGCUGACACCGUCACCGCUGCGCCUGAGGCUGUGGCCGCAGAAGUGUCUCUCUUCAGUGUGACGGACAUGAUUCUGUUUUCUCUCAUCGUGGGUCUGCUUACCUACUGGUUCCUCUUCAGAAAGAAAAAGGAAGAAGUCCCCGAGUUCAACAAAAUUUCAACAACGACCACAUCCGUCAAGGAGAGCGGCUUCGUGGAGAAGAUGAAGAAAACGGGGCGGAACAUCAUCGUGUUCUACGGCUCCCAGACGGGGACGGCCGAGGAGUUUGCCAACCGCUUAUCCAAGGACGCCCACCGCUAUGGGAUGCGGGGCAUGGCCGCAGACCCCGAGGAGUAUGACCUGGCCGACCUGAGCAGUCUGCCGGAGAUCCACAACUCCCUGGUGGUUUUCUGCAUGGCCACCUAUGGCGAGGGGGACCCCACUGACAACGCCCAGGACUUCUAUGACUGGCUGCAGGAGGCAGAUGUGGACCUCUCUGGUGUCAAGUACGCGGUGUUUGGCCUUGGAAACAAGACCUAUGAGCACUUCAACGCCAUGGGCAAAUACGUCGACCAGCGGCUGGAGCAGCUCGGAGCCCAGCGCAUCUUUGAGCUGGGCCUUGGCGAUGACGACGGGAACCUGGAGGAGGACUUUAUCACGUGGCGGGAACAGUUCUGGCCGGCCGUGUGCGAGUUCUUUGGGGUGGAAGCCACUGGCGAGGAGUCCAGCAUCCGCCAGUAUGAGCUCGUGGUCCACACGGACAUGGACACAGCCAAGGUGUACGUGGGUGAGAUGGGCCGUCUGAAGAGCUAUGAGAACCAGAAGCCCCCCUUUGAUGCCAAGAACCCAUUCUUGGCUGCUGUCACCACCAACCGGAAACUGAAUCAGGGCACUGAGCGACACCUCAUGCACCUGGAAUUGGACAUUUCCGACUCCAAAAUCAGGUAUGAAUCUGGGGACCACGUGGCUGUUUACCCAGCCAACGACUGCACUCUUGUCAACCAGCUUGGGGAGAUCCUGGGUGCAGACCUGGAUGUUGUCAUGUCCUUGAACAACCUUGAUGAGGAGUCCAACAAAAAGCACCCCUUCCCCUGCCCCACCUCCUACCGCACGGCCCUCACCUACUACCUGGACAUCACCAACCCUCCACGCACCAACGUGCUGUAUGAGCUGGCACAGUAUGCCUCGGAGCCCACCGAGCAGGAGCAGCUACGCAAGAUGGCCUCCUCCUCAGGCGAGGGCAAGGAGCUGUACCUGAGCUGGGUGGUAGAGGCCCGGAGGCACAUCCUGGCCAUCCUGCAAGACUACCCGUCCCUGCGGCCCCCCAUCGACCACCUGUGUGAGCUGCUGCCUCGGCUCCAGGCCCGCUACUAUUCCAUUGCCUCGUCCUCCAAGGUCCACCCCAAUUCUGUGCACAUCUGUGCUGUGGCUGUGGAGUAUGAGACCAAGUCUGGCCGUGUCAACAAAGGUGUGGCCACCAGCUGGCUGCGGGCCAAAGAGCCUGCUGCGGAGAAUGGCCGCCGGGCCCUGGUGCCCAUGUUCGUGCGCAAGUCCCAGUUCCGCCUGCCCUUCAAGCCCACCACGCCUGUCAUCAUGGUGGGCCCUGGCACUGGGGUUGCCCCCUUCAUCGGCUUCAUCCAGGAGCGGGCCUGGCUGCGGCAGCAGGGCAAGGAGGUGGGGGAGACACUGCUCUACUAUGGCUGCCGCCGGGCGGAUGAGGACUACCUGUACCGCGAGGAGCUGGCCCAGUUCCACAAGGACGGCGCCCUCACCCAGCUCAACGUCGCCUUCUCCCGGGAACAGGCCCACAAGAUCUACGUGCAGCACUUGCUGAAGAGGGACGCGGAGCACCUGUGGGAGCUGAUCCACAAUGGGGGCGCCCACAUCUACGUCUGUGGGGACGCUCGGAACAUGGCCAGGGACGUGCAGAACACCUUCUGUGACAUUGUGGCUGAGCUCGGGGCCAUGGAGCAUGCCCAGGCUGUGGACUACAUCAAAAAGCUGAUGACCAAGGGUCGCUACUCCCUGGAUGUGUGGAGCUAGGCGGCCCCUGCCCCUCGCACCCACAGACUGUCCCCAUGAUCACGUUCCUCACUCCCUCUGCCAGCCGCCUGGUGGUCUCUGCCUGGGCUGGCCACUGGAGGCAGGUCCAUGGACAGGGGCAACCCAGGCCAGGCCUGUGAGGUAGCCCAACCCCAGGGCACAUGGCAAGGGGGACGGGGUCCCACACUUGGUGACACCCCAGGCCCUCGGCAGCUGUACAGAAGGGGCCCUUCUCUCAGCUGGUGGCCCCCACAUGAUUUUGAAUGAGUGUAAAUAAUUUUAAAUAACUUCUGGCCCUUGGAAUAAAGUUCUGUUUUCUGUA